AUGAAUGAUGCUAUGGAUGUGGGACCAUCGUCUGCGACACCCAAUGAUUACAUUCUAAGUUUAUCCCUGGAGCAGAUUGAGCAUGAUCAAAAGAUCGGAGUAAGAGCCAUUAGAUUAUUCCUUCAGAGUAAAACCUCAUAUGAUGUCUUGCCCGUGAGUUAUCGUUUGAUUGUAUUGGAUACUUCACUUUUGGUGAAGAAAUCAUUAAAUAUUUUACUUCAAAACAAUAUUGUUAGUGCUCCUUUAUGGAACAACAAAACAUCAAGAUUUGCUGGAUUAUUGACUUCAAGUGACUUUAUUAACGUAAUUCAAUAUUACUUUCAAUUUCCGGAAAAAUUUGAUUUGGUAGACCAGCUUACAUUAGAUGGUCUUCGGGAUAUCGAAAAGGCUAUCGGGGCCGAUCAAAUUGAAACAGUUUCAAUCCACCCUUUUAAAUCAUUGUACGAAGCGUGUGUCAUGAUGCUGGAGUCAAGAGCUAGAAGAAUUCCUUUGAUAGAUCAGGAUGAAAAAACUAAAAGAGAAAUUGUAGUUAGUGUUUUGACACAAUACAGAAUUUUAAAGUUCGUUGCUUUGAAUUGCAAAGAAACAAAGAUGCUUUUAAAACCCAUCAAAGAUUUGCCACAUUUGGGAACAGUGAGAGAUAUUUCAACUUGUACUAUGAGCACUCCUGUUAUUGAAGUUAUUCAUUUGCUUGCGGAGAAGUCUGUUUCUUCGAUCCCCAUAGUCGACGAACAGGGCAAACUUAUUAACGUCUACGAAGCUGUUGAUGUUUUAGCAUUGGUUAAGGGUGGGAUGUAUACAGAUUUGGACUUAAGCGUGGGAGAUGCGCUUUUGAGAAGACCUGACGAUUUUGAAGGUGUACAUACUUGUACCCUCAACGAUAGAUUAAGCACAAUAAUGGAUACAAUCAGGAAGUCCAGAUUACACAGAUUAUUUGUCGUCGACGGAGAAGGCAAACUUGUGUCCGUUGUGACAUUAAGAGACAUUCUAACUUAUCUCUUGUUCGCUGAAGAUUAG